AUGAGUAGUGCAUCCGCCACCAUGACCGAUUCUGAUUCUGGAAAACGCAAGGCCUCGGUCGCCGGUCUCUCCGCUCAUAAUCGCCCUGUGAAACGUCGAGCUUCAAAAGCCUGUUGCUGCUGCAGAGCUCGCAAGGUUCGCUGCGACGUGGUAGAGAAUGGCUCGCCCUGUACGAAUUGUCGCCUCGACCAGGUCGAAUGUAUCGUCACGGAAAGCAAGCGGAGAAAGAAGUCGCGUGUCGACGUGGAUACUACCCACACCUCCGACUCGCCCGGCGAAGUCUCCGAGGAGAAUCCUCUAGGCUCUUUGGGCUCUUUGCACGGUAUGCCUGAUAUGGAGCCUACUUCGCCCUCGCAAAACUCGGUCGAUAUCGACCAUGGGCAACAUAUGCCACACCUACUCUAUCAAUCUCAGGCUCAUCGGAUUGGCUCUGAUGAUCGUUUCCGUCGCCGAAUGGCUCCUAACCCGGCCGUUCCUUCGACGAUGCCCCUCGCCAAUGCCACCCUGCAAAUCCAGCAAUUGCUCGAUCCCAACUUUGCUAACUCCCGGACCGCCAAUGGCUUUCUCCCCGACUACAUCCGUGGCCUACCUGCACGACUUCAGAAAGAGGAUAUCGAUUAUUUAGCCGCCAAGGGUGCCCUGACAAUUCCCGAUGUGACCUUGCGCAACGAAUUGCUCAAGGCCUACAUUCACUAUGUGCAUACCUAUAUGCCAUUGCUGGAUCUGGAGGAGUUCCUUCAGACCAUUGUUCAGAAUGAUGGCAUCCACCGCAUCAGUCUUCUGCUGUUCCAGGCCGUCAUGUUCGCCGGUAUGGCUUUCAUUGACAUGAAGCAUCUCCAGGCUGCCGGUUACCAGACUCGCAAAGCGGCUCGAAAGGUCUUCUUCCAGAGAGCCCGACUCUUGUACGAUUUCGACUACGAGGUGGACCGCAUCUCUCUCGUUCAGUCGCUUCUUCUGAUGACCUACUGGUACGAAACUCCCGAUGACCAAAAGGACACCUGGCACUGGAUGGGUGUCAGUCUCUCUUUGGCCCACACCAUUGGAUUGCACCGAGACCCCGGCAACUCGCGGAUGGAUGUUCGCCGCCAGCGGAUGUGGAAACGCAUCUGGUGGAGCACCUACACCCGUGACCGACUAAUUGCACUGGGUAUGCGACGGCCAAUGCGUGUUAAGGACGACGACUGUGAUGUGCCCAUGCUCACCUUGGACGACUUCGAGUUCCAGAGCUUUUCUCCGGAAAUCGUAAAGAUGGUCGGAGACUCUGAGAUUUUGCAGAAUGUCAGCCACCAGCGAGAGCUGGCGUUGAUGUUCAUCGAAAAGGCCAAGCUGUGCCUGUGCGUUAGCCAUGUCCUUUCAGCGCAGUACUCCGUGCUGAGCCACAAGUUUGGCGGUACCAUGGAGACGACGAUGAUGCUGGUACCCAAGAAAUCGACUGCCGAGACGUUCGAAGUGCGACGCUGUGACCAGGAGCUGGAGGAUUGGCUGGCCAAUCUCCCCGUGGAAACCCAAUAUUCGCCUUCCGAGGGCUCGAAACUGUCUGAGGCCAACGAGGUGCUGCACUCUCAUCGUGCUUUGCUGAAGAUGGUCUACCUCACCACCUCCAGCGCCUUGCACCGGCCCCAGGUCCUUCCUGCAGUCCCAUAUCCUUCCACGGACGCCGAGUUGCAGGAGAUGUCCCGUAACAAGGUACGCUUCGCCGCAGUGGAAAUUACCAACAUCGCCCAGGACCUGCACGUCCUCGACCUCACCCGGUACUAUCCCACCACCGGUGUCACCGUGCUUCUCCCUGCGGUCAUCAUUCACCUGCUGGACAUUAAGUCCAGCGACCCUAGCGUGCGCAUGACCAGCCUCCAGCGCUUCUACCAAUGCAUGCGCAUCCUCCAGCGUCUCCGCGAGAUCUACGCCUCCGCCGACUUUGCCACCUCCUUCCUCGAAGCCGCCAUUCGCAAGGCCGGCAUUCAACUCACCGUCGCCCCGCAAGACGUACAGUCCUCACGCUCUCGCCACAACCGCGCCACUGGUACUACUUCUACCACCACCAACCCCUUAGCUUCAACUAGCACCGACCCCUUCGACAUCCUCUCCCGCCCCAGCGCCCUCACUCCUCCACCCGACUCUCUAGCCCAAAAGAUUCCCGACCUGACAUACCCCAAACCCGGUCCCGCGACUACCCGCGCCCAAUCAACCGCCGAUCUCUUCGCCUCCACACCCCCACACUCCGAUGGAAGCGAAAACGGCAGCACAAACAACCUAAACCCCAACUACGCCUCGCACGAUGCCUUUGCUAUUCCAGAUCUACACUCGGAAAUGAGUCUCACUGAAUUAAUGGAUCUUGCCAACGACGCCGAAGUCACGCAAAACGACUUUGACGCGUUGAUCAAUUUUGAUGAUGCGGGGAAUGACUUUUUUGCUGAGGAGGCCCAGCAGCAACAACAACAGCAGCAGCAGCAGCAGGUUAGCUCUGGUGUUGGUGUGGGCGCCGAGGAAAAAGCCUAUGAAUUCGAUAUGAAGGCUCUGGGAUUCGAUACUGAGCCUAAGGCGUUUGAUUUUGCGCACUUGGCGGAGCCGCGUUUGGGGGAGCGUGGCUUGGGUGGUUCUGCCGAGGUUCAGCGGGUUGGCUUGACGGCUGAUCUUGAUACGGAUCUCGGCAUCGGAUUGGAUGAGUAA